AUGUCGGAGACUCAGAGUCCUAUGUCGGAGAAACUCUUCUUCGGAGUUCCUACUGCUGUCCUUGUGCCAUACAAGGAUCAAGUCAACUCAGGCGAUAGUGAGGCAGACAAUGAGAACAUUGAUAAGACUGACAAGGGCUCAAAGGAGAACCCAUUCCUUAACAGCACCUCGAAUAAGCGUCCCGCCGCGGACGAGGUCCUUCCUACUAAACGCCAAAAGAGACUCAAGAGGGGCACCAAGGUCAAUGGUGGUGUUAAGCCCUCGUUCAAGCCCAUCACUGUCGAUCUUGACGAGGAAGAUCAGAUCAUUGUCGACAUGAAGCAGCAAGGGUACAAGGACGAGGUCAUCUCUGAGCGUCUGGCCCUUGAGGGUCUCACCCGCUACGAACCCGGAAGUGUCGCCUGCCGCUGGCUGCGUAUCCGAAAGAAGACCCAGGAGUACGAGGAAAAGCUACUCGACGAGCAGUUGACCGACUGGCAUGUUGAAGAGGAUGACCUUCUCGGAGAAGCCGUGGAGGCAGGUAACCAGAAGUUUCACGCUGAACUGGCCAAGCUUGAGAAACUACGCUGGUCUUGGACAGCCCAGGCUCUCAACAAACGCCUUCCUCGCGAGCGCUUCUCGGCCAAUGCCUGCAAGGAUCGAUGGGAAGCAAAAAUGAAGGGAACGGCUCGAUGCCCUCCUGAGCUUGAUGCUGAUCCCGAAGGCCGUGCCCUCGAACGCGAACAGCGUGCCAUCGCCUACAAACAGCGCAAGGAAGAUCAAGCUCGACUUGAGGCUGCUGCCGCCGCAGAGAAGAAGCGUUCCAAAAAGGACAACACUGUCCAGAGAAUUGCUGCUCGCCAGCGCAAAGAGACUCAGGACGCACUCAAGGCUCAGAAGAAGAAAGACGAGAACGAAUAUCGCCAGGCGAAGGCUGAAGUUGCCACGAAUGCCAAACAGCGCAGACAAGACGCACUCGAUGCCGCACGUAGCCUUCGCGCUUACCAAGUGCUCAAGCACAAGUUUUUCAAGAAGCUCCACAAACAAUUGAAGGGCGAAAUGGCUGCCUUACUGAGAGAGAAGGAGAAGAACGGCGGCAAUACUCCUAAGCCCGACGACAAGCAAAAGCUCAGAAGCAGAUACACAUACAAGAAUACCGCUGAUCAGAUUCUCAACGAGAACAUGAAGAACGCAGAGGCCUCCCUCAACGCCCGUGCCUCUGAGUUCACUGGAGUCGUUCAGGCUGUGGGAAUCGCCACUGAGAAACCCAUGACUCUCACCAAGCCAUCGGAACACAACGCCAACGGCCCUCAGCAGACCGCCAUCCUAGGUGAUAUAUUCACUGGAGAACCCCGCAACAUGUGCACCCUCGAUGAGCUUUACAACAUCCUUCGUUCGCGCGGCAUGCUACUAAACCGUAUGAAGGAGAACAAGUCAGUCAUCGUGUCCCGACUGAACAACCAAGACCGGAUCUGUAACGCUCAGGAGAUCAAGGAUCUGUUGAAGGCGCGUAACGAGGACUUGACUGGUACAAAGGACGAAUUGAUCCAACGCCUGGCCGUGUCCGAUGCGAAGUCCACCCGAAGGUAUCAGACGAAGUACACGCCCCGCCCACUGGACGAUAACGGCAAUAGAAUCAGAGUGAAGAUGCCUCCCAAGCUAGCCGUCACAGAGACGACCAAGCGCUACAAUGCUCGCGAAGUGGCUAUCGAGGAGGGCAAGGCUGUCGCAAAGAAGCAGUUUCCCGUGAUUGGCAAGAAGAGAGCCACUGCCAACAAGAGUUCCGCAAAGAAGACAUCUAAUAAGGAUAUGGAGAAGAACAAAUUCAUCCCUGACGACAGUCAAGACGACAGUGAGCCCGAAAUGGCCAACAAGAUUGACAAGAGCGAGAGCAAGCUGCUCCCUGACUCCUAGUUGGCACGUUUGCCCGCCAUGAGAGAAAAUCGAGAUGAGCCACGCGGCGAAAAGGAACUCUAUCAGAGAGCGGUCGCAUGAUGUUCAGAAAUGGCGGCGUUCCGGAUCUCCUUUUUGGUACGAUCUUCAGUUUUGUAUCCCAGUACCCCAGACUUUCCAGUGGUCCGGUGCCCAGCACACCGUUGUGAUUUGCAACAAGCGCUGGAGAGUGUGGAGGUGGAAUAGGAGUUUGCUUUUGUGUUUUCACUCGGUUGUCGUCUUUUCAUUGGACAGCGACGACAAAGUCUGCCUUUCUGCCUGCGAUUAUGUUCCUCAAUUUCUAAAAUACCCCAGUACCCAGCACAGCACAACAUAACAUGCAUAGCAUAGCACUGAUAAUAAUGCUUAUCGAC